AUGGCCCGCUUCCGCCUCACCGAGGCCCUCAUCGCCUCCGACCCAGACGGCUUCCAGCGCGCCACCCAGUCCCCCUUCCUCCGCAACGCCGCCCGCGGCGCCGUCCCCAAGGACGUGCUCGGCCGCUGGCUCGCCAACGACCGCCUGUACAUCCACGGCUACAUCCGGGGCAUCGGCCGUCUGCUGAGCUUCCUCGCCCUGCCGCAGACGGUGCCAGAGCGAUCCGCGGCCAGCGGCGCCGAGGACGACGACGAGGAUCGCGAGACGCCCGCCACGCGCCUGCUGGCCUGGAUGAUCGACGCGCUCGUCAACAUCCGCCGCGAGGAGCGCUUCUUCGUCGACACGGCGCACGACUUUGGCAUCGUCGUCAACCUCCCCGCUUCGGCGGAGGGACGCGUCCCCGACGAGGCAAAGAUUGAGGGCCUGCGCCGCUUCGAGGCACUUUUCGCGGGUCUGGGGCCCGGGCGGGGAGAUGUCCUGCCCUGGCUGGAGUGUGCCGUCGUGUUUUAUGGCACGGAAAAGUGCUAUCUUGAUGCAUGGUCGUAUGCCAAGAGUCUGCUCCAGGAGGGCGCUGACCCGGCCGCAGACGCCGAUGGGGGCGCGCUGCGAAAGGAGUUUAUCCCGAACUGGACGUCUGAGGAGUUUAUCGAGUUUGUGGACGAGCUAGGGGACCUCAUUAACGAGGCUGUUGAAAUUGAGAUACGCCAACGCGGCGAAGGCGCCAAGCAGGAGAUACUCGAGCGGUCACUAGCAAAAUGGCGAGAACUAUUGGCCGCGGAGCAGGCGUUUUGGCCAGCCAUGCAAGGAUAA